AUGGCUGACCAAAGCAUCCCCAGCGACUACCAACUACCCCAAAAAUAUACCCCAAAUUUCACUUAUUUCCAAGGCUUUUGGUGCCGGUCCGAGCUCGUUCCCAACAUAACAUGCUUCCAAAACCACUUUCAAGCCCUCGACGCCGACAUCGUUCUAGCCAGCAAGCCUAAAACCGGCACCACUUGGUUGAAAGCACUGGCUUUCUCCAUCCUCAACCGCCACCGUUUCCCACUUUCCAACUCCCCCUUGGCUUCUUCAAACCCUCACGAUCUCGUCCCUUACUUCGAAAUGACACUAUAUAACAACGGCUGCCACCCUGAUUUUGCCGACGUUUCAUCACCCAGGCUGUUCGCCACACACCUUUCUUACCAUGCAUUGGCAGAAUCCAUCAAAAACUCCAAAGCCCGUAUCGUUUACGUUACUCGGAACCCACCGGACGUCAUCGUUUCGAUGUGGCACUUCGCGACGAGCAGACCCGAACGAGCCCAUUGGCCUAUUGAUGUAUGUUUCGAGCAGUUUUGCAGAGGCGAAGAAGGGUUCGGACCUUUCUGGGAAACAAUCAACGGCGAACCCGAACAAGGUCUUGUUCCUCAAAUACGAAGAAAUGAAAGGAAACCUAGUGGGUCAAAUAAAAAAUCUGGCGGAGUUCAUGGGAUUGCCGUUCUCAGAGGAGGAAGAGAAAGAGGGUGCAAGGGUUCCGGACCUUUCUGGGACCAUGUUCUUGAUUACUGGAAACAAUCAAGCAAACCAAACAAGGCCUUGUUCCUCAAAUACGAAGAAAUGAAAGGAAACCCAGUGGGUCAAAUAAAAAAGAUGGCGGAGUUCAUGGGAUGUCCGUUCUCAGAGGAGGAAGAGAAAGCGGGUGCCAUUGAUGAAAUAGCCGAGUUCUACAGCUUGAGCAACCUCAAGAACCUGGAAGUGAACAAAAGCGGCAGCCUCAAAACCAUGAAACGACAAACCAACUCUUUCUUCAGGAAAGCUGAGGCGGGUGAUUACGUUAAUAUUCUGAGCCCAUCGGCGGUGGAACGUUACAGUAAGAUCGUGGAUGGAAAACUCAGCGGUUCCGGUUUAACCUUCAAAAUGUGUUGUUAAGAUAAAAAAGUUUUACAGUUUCGAUGGAAUUGCUUUUUCAUCCCCCCUAUUCCGUGUAGCUCCGUGCGCUACAGUAAUUCACUUAUUUGGCUCAUCGAUUAAGUGAUUCCCCGCAGAAUAAACGCAUCUUUAUUCACUCAACUCUUGUAAUAGGAAUUUGUAAUAGGAAUUCAGUGGUGAGAACUCUGAAUAGCUAUUCAAACUCCCACUGUACCAAAUAAAAAAAAAUUCCAGAAUUUCUUUUUUACAAAAAUUGAUAUUUCUAUCUC